AUGGCUGCUUUUGCACAAAAGAUUUCAUACCCGGUAAUUAUUUCCCUUCUCUUAAUCUUGAUUUCUCCCUCACAAGGUAUGCUUGAUGCUUAUUACUAUAAUCGAACAUGUCCACAAGCUGAGAAAAUCAUCUUAGAGACAGUUCAGAAUGCUUCCAUGCAUGACACUAAAGUCCCAGCUCGUAUCCUUAGAAUGUUCUUCCAUGACUGUUUCAUAAGGGGAUGCGAUGCCUCGAUUUUGCUGGACUCCGCUCCUGGAAACAAAGCAGAGAAAGAUGGUCCUCCCAAUGUUUCAGUUCGAUCCUUCUAUGUGAUUGAUGAUGCUAAAGCCAAGCUUGAGAUGGCUUGCCAAAACACUGUCUCAUGUGCAGAUAUCAUAGCUGUAGCAGCAAGAGAUGUAGUGGCGAUGUCUGGAGGACCUUACUGGAAUGUACUAAAGGGAAGGAAGGACGGAAGGGUGUCCAAAGCUAAUGAUACUGUUAACCUACCAGCUCCAAUUUUCAAUGUGACACAACUUAUUCAAAGCUUUGCCAAGAGAGGUUUAGGAGUCAAAGACAUGGUUGCUCUAUCAGGUGGCCACACCCUAGGGCUUUCACACUGCUCUUCAUUUGAAGCUCGGCUUCACAACUUUAGUUUAACUCAUGACAUUGAUCCAAGCAUGAACAACAAGUUUGCAGAGAAGCUAAGAAAGAAAUGCCCGAAACCAAACAAGGAUCAAGGUGCAGGAGAGUUUUUGGACUCGACCUCUUCAACUUUUGACAAUGUUUAUUACAAGCAACUAAUGCAAGGAAAAGGUGUUUUAGGAUCAGAUCAAGCAUUAUUUGGUGAUUCCAGGACUAGAUGGAUUGUCAAAUUGUUUGCUAAGGAUCAAGGUUUGUUCUUCAGAGAAUUUGCAGCUUCAAUGGUGAAACUUGGAAAUGUUGGAGUAGUUGAAAAUGGUGAAGUCAGAAACAAAUGCCGAGUGGUUAACUGAGACAUAGUGACUGAGCAGUGCAGUCAAAGGCGAAUUUUUUUUUCUUGGAUGACCUUUUCUUAAUUAUAAAUGAU